AACACAGUCCAUCGCACACCAAGCAAACACUACACGAAAAAGGAAACAAAAAAGUUGCACUCAGAAAAUGGCUGCUUCCGUUUCAAUGGCUUUGCCGAUAACUUCUGCCGCCCGGAGCAAGCUAAACCGGCCGAGCUCCGAGUCCUUCUUUAAGCCAUUACCAAUAAUGCCAUCAAAGAAGCGUAUGUUUGUGAAGCCAGAGUCCUCCAAAGGCAAGCUUGGGGUGCAGGCAUCUCUUAAGGAAAAGGCGGUUACAGGCCUAACGGCCAUCGCUCUGACAGCCGCAAUGGUGAUACCAGAGGUGGCGGAGGCAGCGGGGCCAGCAGGCUUCUCCCCAUCUCUCAAGAACUUCUUGCUCAGCAUCGUUUCCGGCGGAGUGGUGAUCUCGGCGAUUGUUGGAGCUGUUAUUGGCGUUUCCAACUUCGAUCCCGUUAAGCGGAGCUGAGUAGAAGCUUUGAUUUGUUUGCUACUCGAUCUUCACUUUGUUGUUUUUGGUUUAUGGGGUUUGUGUUAGUAUUAUGCAGCUCUUCUUCUUCCUAUUAAUAUUAUUGCCAUGAAACUUUUAAAUUUGGAAAUUUAAUGUCUUUCACUUAA